GAGAAAAAGAGGGAGGAGGAAGAGAGACAAAAGAGAAAGAGGGAGGAGGAAGAGAGACAAGAGAGGGGAGACAAGAGAAGAGAGAGAAGGAGGGAGAGACACAAAGAGGCAGAGAGAGACACACAAGGAGAGGAA